UGCGCCUUGACAAGAGAACCCUGCAUGUUUUUGAUAAGCUCUGGAUCUCUUUUAGACAAAUUCAGCGCUUGUGAUAUACUUCGUGUAUACCACACCUCUAUGAGUUCACAUAUUGGGAUUGAAAUGUUUCGAAGGUUGAUGAAGACCUACGCUGUUAUCUAAGAAUAGCGAUUAAGGCUAACGACUUGAAUGUCCUGUAAUGUUAUUCUGAACUCCAACUUCGGCUGAUGACUUACGAAAUCGAUCUAGUAGCUACCUAACAUGCAGCUGGCCUUAAUUAAAACUAAAGUGUGUGCAACACUUUAUUUAAGGUAUCUUUUGGACUUCAGAAUUUAUCAAACAAGACGAAAGAGCCAUGACUGUAACACAGCUUGGACCGUCAUUAGACACCGAUGGAUGAAGACGGCGCCUGUGUUCUGCACUCGUAACACUACCAAGAUGUUCAGUACCCAGACUGACAAAGAGAGUAUAGAUAUGUCCAAGUUCCCAGUGGAGAGGAUCAGAAACUUCAGUAUUAUUGCUCACAUUGACCAUGGGAAAAGCACCUUGGCUGACAGACUUCUGGAAAUAACAGGUGCCAUAACCAAGACUCAAAAGAAUAAACAGGUGUUGGACAAGCUGCAGGUGGAGAGAGAAAGGGGCAUUACUGUGAAGGCCCAGACGGCCUCUCUGUUCUAUGAGUACGAGAACCAAACCUACCUGCUCAACCUCAUUGACACACCAGGUCACGUUGACUUCAGCUAUGAGGUGUCUCGAUCCAUCUCAGCAUGUCAAGGUGUACUGUUGAUUGUUGAUGCCAAUCAGGGGAUUCAAGCCCAGACUGUGGCAAACUUCUACUUGGCGUUUGAAGCUCAACUGACCAUCAUUCCUGUCAUCAACAAGAUUGACUUGAAAAAUGCUGAUCCAGAGAGGGUAGAAAAUCAGAUUGAAAAGGUCUUUGAUAUUCCAAAGGAGGAGUGCAUUCGGAUUUCUGCCAAACUGGGCACUAAUGUUGAUCAAGUCCUUCAAGAAGUUGUGAAACGAUUACCACCACCCACCUUUAACAGGGAAGACCCGUUCAAAGCCCUGGUGUUUGACUCCAACUUUGACCAGUACAGGGGGGUGAUAGCCAACGUGGCUCUGUUCGGGGGCUGUUUGUCUAAAGGGGACAGGAUUGUCUCUGCACACUUGGGGAAAAGCUACGAAGUCAAUGAACUGGGCCUUCUUAAGCCAGAAGAGCUCCCCAUGGAAAGACUCUACGCAGGCCAGGUGGGCUAUGUGAUAGCCGGUAUGAAGGAAGUGAAGGAGGCCCAGAUUGGGGACACCCUCUACCACCAGAAACAUCCUGUAGAACCUCUGCCUGGGUUCAAGCCAGCCAAAGCCAUGGUGUUUGCUGGAAUGUAUCCAAUGGACCAGUCAGACUACAGCACCCUCCGCAGCGCAGUGGAGAAACUGACCCUCAACGACUCCAGUGUGACCGUCCAGAGGGACAGCAGUCUGGCGCUGGGAGCCGGCUGGAGACUGGGCUUCCUGGGCCUGCUCCACAUGGAAGUGUUCAACCAGCGUUUGGAGCAGGAGUACAAUGCCUCUGUCAUAGUGACAGCCCCAACUGUGCCCUACAAAGCCAUCCUGUCCUCCCCCAGGCUCAUCAAGGAGCAUGGAAGGGAGGAGAUCACUAUAGUGAACCCGGCCCAGUUCCCAGACCGGUCACUCGUGAAGGAGUACCUGGAGCCCAUGGUGAUGGGGACCAUCAUCUCCCCGGAUGAUUACAUCGGGAAAAUCAUGAGUGUCUGCUUGAACCGCAGGGGGAUUCAGAAGAACAUGGUUUACAUUGACGACCACCGGGUGAUGAUGAAAUAUCUCUUCCCACUGAACGAAAUUGUCGUGGACUUCUAUGAUCACCUCAAAUCCAUGUCUUCGGGAUACGCUAGCUUUGACUACGAGGAUGCUGGGUAUCAGGCGGCCGACGUGAUCCGAAUGGACAUUCUGCUGAACGGAAAACCCGUGGAGGAACUCACCACUAUCGUUCACAGAGACCGGGCGUACAGCGCCGGCAAGGCCAUGUGUGAGCGCCUGCAGGACGCCAUACCCAGACAGAUGUUUGAGAUCGCGGUACAAGCAGCCAUCGGCAGCAAAGUCAUCGCCAGGGAGACGAUAAAGGCUUUCAGGAAGAAUGUUCUGGCAAAAUGUUACGGCGGUGAUAUAACUAGAAAGAUGAAGCUCCUGAAGAAACAAGCUGAGGGGAAAAAGAAGAUGCGCUACAUUGGCACCGUGCAAGUCCCCAAAGAUGCCUUCAUUAACGUCCUGAAGAGAAAAGACAAGUAGCACAUACGUAUCCUUAUUUAUUGAAGAUAAGAUAUAGCUUCAAUGUCUGGAUGUAGAUCCCAUUGCCAUUUUGGGUAUAACACAAUUUCCUGUAAAUAAUAAA